AUGGAAUAUUCUGUGGAGAGUCUGUUUCUGCAGAGGAACAAGCACUUAUACAUCAUUUCUUAUGUGGAUGGAGCACCAAUGAGUGUUUGUGUUAUUUGUGUAUACCCAAAACCAAAUGUUAUUUAUAUUAAACGAUUUGAGAGUGCAUCAAAAGUAAGGGGAUUAUCCCGGAUGGUUCUUAUAGAGAGUCUUAGAAGGCUGCUUAUACAUGGGAAUAGACCAGAGAUAUACGUAUAUUCUCGUCCUAUUGGGAGCAAGUAUAUACAUACAGAAAGACCUAUUUCCCAUUCAAUACAGCUAUGCGCGUAUUGGGAGAGUAUUUUAACAGAAAUUGGGUACAGCACUAUGCGACUAACCCAUAAGGAAGCAAAAAGCAAAGAAUUUAAAAAUAUUAUCUCAGAGCACAAGGGGAUUGCGCAGUGUUUAGGGAAGAUAAUAGAUGAGCCAAUUAGCAGAGCAAUGAGGCAUGCUUCAGAGAGUUCUCUUGAUGAGAUUAUGGUAAUACUUUGUUCAAGCAGGGAUUUAACUUCUGGCUCUCUUAUUUUCAGUAAACCAGCUGAAGAGCCUUCUACUAUAAUGGUCCAGAAAACUCCAGAAAAAUCAAAAGAUAAAAAGGAAGAGUCCUCAGACAAAUGUUCAUUUUUAAACCAAGAGAUCAUACAGAAUGUUACACGCGAUGAAAUACUCAAAAUAUUAAAGGACUUGCAGAAUGGGAAUACCUCAGAAGAGCUGUCCCACAUGAAAAAAGUGCAGCAAAUAAUAGAAAGUGGCAGUAUUCCAAAGAAAGAACCAAUUAAACCAUUUAAAUUAACUAUAAAGAGACCAAAAACAGACAGGAUGAACAACCAAAUAUUUGAAGUUUAGUCUAUUUAUAUCUGAG